CCAUCUCUCUCCAAAAUAAAAAAAAACCUUUUUUCCGAAUCGCUCACAAAAUUCAAAAUUUCCUUUCUGCGCUCCCUUCCCACUCUAGGGUUUCCGCUCUGUUCCCCUUCGUCCCACCUUCGCAAAUGGCAAGGUACCGCAGCCGGAGUUACAGUCCCCGCCGCCCCCGCAGCAGGACCCCUCCUCGACUGCGCAAGCGGCACGACGACGACGGCAGCGACGACGAGCCUCGCGAUCGUUACCGCGACAGCCGUUCCCGUAGAGACCGACGCUCCCCUCUUCCUUCUGGUUUGCUCGUCCGUAAUCUCCCUCUCACCGCUAGCGCUGAGGAUCUCAGGAUCCCGUUUCAGAAGUAUGGCCCUGUUAAAGAUAUCUAUCUGCCUAAGAAUUACCAUACUGGGGAGCCUCGAGGCUUUGGGUUUGUCAAGUAUCGUUAUGGCGAAGAUGCAGCGAUAGCUAAGGAAAGAAUGAAUCAUAGAUUUAUUGGUGGACGGGAGAUUCGGAUUGUUUUUGCUGAGGAAAACCGGAAAACUCCUCAGGAAAUGUCUUCAACUGGUGGCCGUACAAGCAGUCGACAUGGUGGCAGCAGUAGGCACAGAUCACCACCAAGGUCUCCAAGACGCAGAUUCCGAUCUUCAUCACGCUCUGCUUCGCCACCUAGGAGAGACACGAGGGAUCACAGAGUGAGGGAUGACCACCAUACUUCAAGGAGAUCUAGAUCAAUCUCAAGAUCAUACUCUCCACAGGAUGAAGAAAGGGAUCAUAGGUCUAACAGGAGAUCUCCAAGUCUAGUUGGAAAUGGUCGUAGUCCUCAGGAAGUGCGGGACCAUGCCUCUGGUAGAUCAAUGAGUCCCAAGGAUAAUCGGUUCAGUCCUUCUCUGUCUGGUUCAAGGUCAUACGACUAAUGUGCAUGUGCCUGAUCGUCAUCCUCUCUUCGUCUGAUCUUCUCUGCACUGCUUGGUUGUACGGUUGAUGGCUGAUGGGAAUGUGUGAAUCUGAGAUGUGCAAUCAGUUAUCAGUGUUUCCUCCUUUCUCCCAGCAAAUUCAUUCCUUUUUCUCCCUUCUGUCUCUAGGUCUAGUUACUUCAGACUGAAUAGUACUCUUCUGAUGCUAGCGGAUGCUGUAGUCUCUUUUUCUACAUUGGCCAUUUUGAUUUCUGUACAAAUUUGUAGUUUGGGGAACAUCAGGAGAUUCAGAAUUUGAUGUCGGUUUUGUUGGUUGUUUCCCCCUAUUUGGGCUUCUGGAGUUGAUUCUUUGAGUAGAUGACUUUCAAGGUAACGACGAUAUUCCGAGUAAACUGAAUGUAGCAUCGUGACAUUCAUCCAGGACAACCUAGCUAUGGUGUGCACAAGGAAUCUGAAGCCUUGCUCACAUUGCCCCUCGUUUGUCAGAUUGCGUACAGACGCUUCACAGCCAUCGCAUUACAAUGCCAUUCGCUCCAUCCGACUGCUAUGGAGCAUACGAGCAUGUUCUGGCAAGCGUUAGGCGCUAUGUGCAUGUUCUCAUAGAUGUAUAAGAGCAAAAUCCCUGAAGGAGGUAAAUGCAACUAAUAUUUCUCAAGUGCAGAGAGUUACAUGGCAAAAACGUAUCCAAACCCAAAAGAGAUCCAUUAAUACAAUCGACAACAGAAAACGAAUUCAAAACCACGGUGUUUUGCUCAUGGCGGAUUGCCAUUUACAGAUUAUUAAACUAAGCAGGGGGGAACCGAACAUCCAGAUUUUUGGCUAGAUAGAAUCACUACAGAGGGCACUCUUUCUCGAAUGCUUGUUGCUCCUUGCGGCACAGAUCAAACUCAUUUGUGUUGUAGUACAUGCAGCCGACGUAAUCGUCCAUUUGUUUUGUGCAGUUCUGGUGUAGAUCUUUCAGCCUGCAAAUGACAAAAGCGGAUUGAAUUCCCAGUCAUGCAGCUGCUAAAAACUGCAGCAAUUCUUCUUGUGUAUACAUGCGUAGUUCUAUGUCAAAUUGUCAAUGAUGUGAUGUAAGAAGUUGAGGACUCCUUAGGAAAGAUGGUAAAACUAUGGCCCUAAACUGGGCUUGCACAAAUGGGAUAUCAACUGAUUAAACCUUUUUUGGCCAGGCAUUGUCAAAGCAAAUGGAUUCCAUACUGGAGAAGGGUAAAAUGGAUGCAAAUGUACAUAUGCUAAUAGCAAAUCAUGGGCACGCAAGCAACUGAGGGCAAAAUGCAGGUCAGUAAAAGUUUUCUUCAGACUAUAUAAAUUGUGAAUUUCGUAUAUACAAAUGAAAACAUCAGACCAAUCAAAGUAUUGUUUACAG